AGAGCAAAUGUUCAGCUUCAGCAAACGCAGGUUUGGCCCUUUUUGGGUCUUCUAGCGUUCUGCGAGGGCGCCGGGUAGAUCAAACUUGGCAGUUCUCUAAUCAUCAAGCAGACCAAGUUUCCCCUACCCCUCGACAAAGUAGCAUUUACAUUUCUGCAAACAGUUAUUCUGCAAUUGAAAUGUUUUAGCUUCUGAUGUUUUCUUCCAUUCGUUUGAUGAGAUAUUACAAUAGCCAAUGAGGAAUAUGUUUAGGAGUCUCAAGCGUCGCUGCCAUGCCACACUUCUCUCUAGAAUUUUACUUGAUCGCAGUAGAAUAAGCGUUUGCGCGAAAUUUUGUUACGUGAUUGAUAUGCUUUAUAUGAGGAUGGUAAUGUGAUGACCAGUCUGAGGAAUUGUACAUGGCUAGGUCAGGAAGAUAUUGAAAUCAGAAGACAAUAUAAUCUGUUUCUGCCAUACUUCUUGAACCGAAGGUCAUUCUCUACAGCUUUUACCAGUGUGCAUGGGGAAAGGCCAUCUGCGGAGUAUGCUAAGUUGAGGAAGGAAUCACUUGAAAGUGAAUUUGGGCAAGCUCUUGGUACUUACAGUUCUGAAAGAGUAUCCAUCAUCUACCGAUUUGGUCCAUUUUUGGCAUUUUAUAGAGCAGCGAUCAUUUCCUAUCAUGUCUUGAAGUUAACCCUUUGGCAAUUUUUUGUUCAAGACAUAAAAAAGCGUGCCAUCAAGUUUCGGGAAACUCUAAUCCACUUGGGGCCUUUCUACAUCAAGCUCGGGCAGGCGCUGAGCAUUAGACCAGAUAUUUUGCCAACUGUCUAUUGUCAAGAGCUUGCUAAGUUACAGGAUCAAAUACCACCAUUUCCAACACAUGUUGCCAUUAAAUCUAUUGAAUCCCAGUUGGGCGUUCCAAUUUCACAAAUUUUUUCUGACAUUAGUCCAGAGCCAAUUGCUGCAGCAUCCUUGGGACAAGUGUAUAAAGCUCAUCUGCAUUCGGGUGAGCUUGUAGCUGUUAAGGUACAGAGGCCAGGUAUGUCACUUCUGUUGACCCUUGAUGCUCUGUUAUUUCAUAUGAUUGGUGGUCAAUUGAAGCGUUUUGCCAAAGCCCGCAAGGAUCUAUUAGUAGCAGUUAAUGAGAUGGUCAGGCACAUGUUUGAUGAAAUUGAUUACAUCCUAGAGGGGAAAAAUGCUGAACGCUUUGCUUCUCUCUAUGGUUGUGACCCAUGUAAUGAUCCAAAGAGCCAUCAUGGAAAUGCCAUGCAUCAGAAGAAAGAAAAUUGUGUUAAAGUUCCUAAAAUAUAUUGGGAUAUGACAUGCAAGGGCGUGCUUACUAUGGAAUGGGUUGAUGGAAUCAAACUUACAGAUGAAGCAAGACUUAAAAAGGCCUGUUUGAACAGAAGGAAACUGAUAGACCAGGGUUUAUACUGCUCUUUGAGGCAAUUGCUUGAGGUAGGAUUUUUCCAUGCUGAUCCACAUCCAGGAAACCUUGUUGCUAUUGACAGUGGCUCUCUUGCAUAUUUUGACUUUGGAAUGAUGGGGGAUAUUCCUCGACAUUUCCGUGUGGGGCUCAUUCAAAUGCUUGUGCACUUUGUUAAUCGUGACUCUCUGGGUUUGGCAAAUGAUUUUCUUUCUUUGGGAUUUAUUCCUGAAGGGGUUGAUAUCCAAUCAGUUUCGGAUGCAUUGCAAGCAUCCUUUGGUGAUGGGACUAAACAAUCUCGAGAUUUUGAGGCAAUAAUGAACCAAUUAUAUGAUGUCAUGUAUGAAUUUGACUUCUCCCUUCCCCCGGACUAUGCACUGGUGGUAAGAGCACUGGGAUCACUUGAAGGCACAGCACAAGUUCUGGAUCCAAAUUUCAAAGUUGUUGAGAGUGCAUAUCCUUUUGUCAUUGGGAGACUUUUAGCUGACCCAAAUCCUGAUAUGAGAAGAAUUUUGAGGGAACUUCUCAUCUGCAAUGAUGGAUCUGUGAGAUGGAAUCGGUUAGAGCGCCUGAUAGUGGCGAUAUCUGAACAGGCUUCGGAGUCUGCAGGAGAGGCCUCUAAUUCUGAAGCAAAUUCUUCAAAUACCUUGGAAUGGAAAUCAUUUGAUAUGCGUGCUGUUGUUGGUGCCACGGAUGAUCUUUUGCAUUUCAUUCUAUCUGAAAAGGGUUGGAGGGUGCGUGUUUUCCUUGUCCGGGAUAUGAUUAAGGUGGCUGAUGUUAUUUUAGAAGAUGAAGUUGUUGGUUACAUUUUAGAUGAGAAACAUGAAGAAAGAGAGGAAUCUAAGUCUGAGGGCCAUUCAAUGUUCAUGAGGGUGGUUAAUGGAUUUCAAUAUCUACGCCAAGCAGUAAGGUUGGCUCCAGAGAUGUGGUCAGCAAUGCUUAUACGAAUGGUAUUGAAGCCCGAGUUUCAUAGAUUUACUCUUGAAAUUAUUUUAGCCUUUUCCAUACAUUUUAGCCAUAAACUUCCUCAGACUUUUUGGACUUGUAUUUCUAGACUUAUGCAUGAGAUGGCAAGAAACUAUAGAUUUAAUGAUCUAUAAGAGGAAUAAUCUUUCAUUAGUAGUA